GACAGACAGAGAGUGUGCAACAUGUCGAGUCAGUUAAGAUUUAUUAUCGCUUACACGUCGCAGUGUGCGGUAAGAUCCACACUUAGACGGAGGAGAUGAUGUUAACCGGAAAGAUGGAUCCGUCUUUUGGUCGCGCCCCCUUUUCAGAGCCAUAAGAUACACAUACACAUAUAUAUAUAUAUAUGUACUCGAUCAGUGUUGACUCGAGGCUAAAUAACAACAACAACCACGAGGUGCAAACGACUGUGCCUCAACGCUUGUUGCUCAACCUGCUAGAAAUAGCAGCCAAAUCUCUGUCGCACUACAACUUCAAAUAAGAACGACAUAGAAGCUAUUGUAGUCUGAGAACAAUACAAUGCCUGCCAAAAAAAAAAAAAGAAAAAAAGCGUGAUGGUCACGGCCGGAAUGCCUUUGAUCAUACAUUUGUCUACUCAGAGCUGACUUGCGGCUAAACAACCAGCUACAAUAACCACUGAAACGAUCGCGGCCUUAACUGAACAACCUCAUCUCUUCUUUUCAUUCAUUCAUUGUCUUUCUUUCUUUCUUUCUUCUUUCUCUCCUUCUGUCUCUGUCUCUCUUUCCAUUCCACACAUACCACGACUACUAACUGCGUCUAAUCGUCGCCCCAUCCACCACCACCAGUUACAUACUACAUCAUAACCACCACUAAAUACUACACCAUUAUCUCCUGCAUCCGUCACCGCCACCGCCACCACCACCACCGUCGCUGCCACCACUUAAAUCACUACCAAAACCACCAACACCGCCAUCAUCUCUAACAACCAGCCCCCCCCCCCAAACCGCCACCACAACCGGCGCUGUACACUUGCUCUCGAAGCAGCUGUUGGUGUUGCUUGUUGUUGUUGUGGUUAUUGCUGCUGCUGCUGCUGUUGUUGAUAACCUGACGCCGUUUGACUCAUCCAGUCCAAUAAUAAUAAUAAUAAUAACAACAACAACAACAAUAAUAAUAUAAUAAUAAUAAUAAUAAAUGCAAGUUACAGAAGAGAACUACAACGAAAUAGUUUUACUAAAUUUUCCACUGUUAGCAACAAGUCAGGCUGCAGCCAAGUAGUGAAUAUAUACACACACACAUACAAACACACAUACGCACUUACACCCACCUACACGCACUAUAUACACGUAUAUACAUACUGACGCAUACAUACGCACACACGUACACACCCACAAUAUAUAUAUAUAUAUAUAUAUAUAUAUAUAUAUAUAUACACGCGCACAUAUUUAUGUACUGACAUACACACACAUAUUUAUGUACUGACACACACAUAUAUAAUCAUUCACACACAUAGUUACAUACGUACGCACACGUAUAUACACCACACACAAUCAUUUCGAAUGACUUGAAAACAAUCAAGAGAAGGCGAGGACUUACUCCUAUUUUUUUUACCGUCUGCGCCCAGUUUUUCUUCCAAGUUUUUACCCGAGGUUUAAACACUGAAAGAUUCACUCUGGCAUCAUGAAUGAAGAAGAAAUCUUAAAAGGAAUUAAAAAGGAGAUAUUGCAGUCAGACAAAGAUUACAUCAGCCAACACCUAAAGGCAGCAAACCAUUACAGCUUCCUACAAGAGAAAGGGGUGCUGACCAAAGAGAACUGCGAUGUUAUUGAAAAAGAAGCAUCGGACAAAGAAAAAGCGGACAAAUUAUUGGAGAUUAUCAUUUCGAAAGGGCCAAGUUCGUUUGAUUACCUCUGUGAUGCCCUUCAACACGAAGACACACAACAGUUCCUACUGGAGCGUUUAAAACAGAAAUUUGACAUGAGGAAGCAUUUCCUUUUAGAUGUAUGUGCCGCUAAAGAAAACAAACCCCGUAAAGUGCCAACCUCUCUGCCCAUCGCUAGUAUCGAUCUCACCUCUACUCCUUGCGUGGAUUCACAACCAAGUGGUAACUCACAAAACUGACGGCAAAAUCUUGAAAUAGAAGAGAAAAGAAGCGAGAGAACGUUGUAGAUUUUUAUAUACACAUACCUACAUACAUACAUACAUACAUAUAUAUGCGUACAAAUAUAUAUGUGUAAAAAAUAUGUAAUUAAAUAUAUAUGUAUAUAUAAAAUAAUAUAUGAUAUAUAUCAUAUAUAAUAUAUAUAAUUAUAAAUAUAAAUAUAUGAUCUAUAAAGUAAUAUAUAUAUAUAUAUAUAUAUAUAUAUAUAUGUAUGAUACAUAUUAUACGCACUUAAACAUGCAGUUAAUAACAAAUAUACAUACACGCAUUCACAACUAUCUAAUGAUGAUGAUGAUGGCGAUGAUGAUGAUGAUGAUGAUGAUGGCGGCGGCGGCGGCGACGACAACGACGACUAGGACGAUGAUGACGACCAUAACGAUGGGGGUGUAUAUAGCAUAUCCCGGACCCUGUCUGUCUGAAUCUGUCUUGCUUACCCUCUAAACACACACACACACACGCGAGUUAAUUCUUUGUUUUUGUACUAAUUACAUAGUACAAUUAUUUUUAAUCGUACUAUGCCCAUGCUGGAGCACUGUAUUUUUCUUCUAAAAAAAAUUAUUUUAAAGAAAAUUUUUAAAAAUUUUCUUACAGUCUUUCCCUAAAAGACGGCUUCUACGACUUAGCCGGCAUGCGUUGGGUUGUCCGAUAAAUUCGUUCGUUUUUUUUCCCCCUACUAGGCACUCCAUCGUCUUACGUCUAAAAAGAGGCAAAACUUAUUAAAAUUUCAAAAACGAUGAACAAAAGCUGUACAGGAAGAGCAGAGCUACGAAAAACCCUCCAUAAAACACUAGAAUAAAAAAUAUUUUUCGGGUUAAUUCAAGAAAAAUUGGAGAGGAUUAAAAUUAAAGGGUUGGGGGAACAAAAAAGAAAACGAACGAAUUUAUCGAACAACCGAGUAGUUGUUUAACAUGUCCUAUUUAUGGCUGGCAGUUGUUAAAUGUCCCACAAUAAAAACUCCCAACUGUCUGUGAAGUUAAGGUGUUGGCCUUCAGGAAUUCCAAAAUGAUCUGAUCACUUCGGUCAUUUUUGUGUUGUACACCUGGACAAUGUUCACAGUUCUGCUCGCUUUAGCUUGCUUGACUGACUGACAAAAAGCAAAAAAAAAAUAAAUGGAUAGAAAAUUGUUCUUGCUAGUGGUAGCAAGGGAAGCGACUCAUUGUGUGAAAAUAAAAACAAACAAGUAGAAAGCAGUUAUAUAAAUAAUUAUUUUAAGAAAUAACAAAUUGACUACAGUAUACGUCCGGAGAAGUGACUGUUGUGGACGUACCGUGUUUAAAAACGCAAAUAUAUAUCAGUAACAGACUAAGAGUGUCCAGCAGUAGCUGUGGGAAUGCUAGAUGCGCAUUUAUGCUUUGUUAGGAUUCGUCAGUAGUAUGUACCCUCUGCUGGUCGCAUAUUAAGACAAACUCUAUCGCUACUGAUGUUGGAAAAUUGUGACUGAAGAAUCACUGUUGUUGAAAUUAGCCGCCCAGUUGAAGAAAAAAUCUGUUAAACGCAACAGGAGCAGCAUUACAUUAAGUGUUAUACAUAGAUAGCUAUUUUAAUCUAAUACUUCUUUUGCUGCACAUAAUGGAUUUUUACUUUCAAAGAGCAAUUUCAAAAUCCCCUCCUAUGUAAACAUUGAAAAAUAAUUGUAAAACAAACUUAGAAAUGAAAAGAAACUAUAGGGGCUUACCCCCACCCAGCAUGUAACAAUGAUGGGGGUAUGGUUAGAAAUGCAUGUUUUAUACAAUCAGUCAUCUGUAUUGUGGGGUUUUGCUCAAACAGAAAUCAUAAAGACUGCUGACGAUAUGAGUGGUAGGAGAUGUUCAUGAAACAUUGCGUAUGACAAUAAUAUAUUAUAUGUGUGUAAAUAUAAUAAGUUUUGCUAUGAAAAUGGUUAAAGCUGAAAUUCAGGAGAGAGUACAUGAUUGAAAACUGCUUUAUUACAAGUUCAAAUAUUUUUUUUAUUCCCUUAGGGUUUCAUAUAGCUGAAUCACAUAGUAAAAUUGUGAAACAAGCAGAAAGUGAUGUCGCUUUGACGCAAAGUGACUGAGAUAGAUUAUAAAUGACAUUAUGUGGUUUAUGGCCAUCAGUUAUUAGGUUUAUUUACCCUGUUAUUGUAUUUCUUUUGAAAUACGCUGCUUUAUUUUUCAAUUAAUUUUGAAAAUAACGACGAAUUUAUUAAAAUAACUUUGCUAUUAUUAAGUUGGUGUUUGGAACAUGAAUUAACAUGAAAUUCUGAUGGAAGGGUGUUUUUUUAGAUUGUUUUAAAACAGAAAGUUUAUAUUAUAGAAAUAUGGGCAGAUUCAGGCAGGUUGGUAUGAAAAGGGUGUGAAAAUAUCUGGUCAGAAAUGGAGGCAUUUGGGGAGAAAAGUUUAGGGCAGGAAUAAGUGGAAGAUUAUUGAUACCCAGUAUCCCAGGAAAAGAGGGACCAUGGGCUUCAGUAAGUGAAAAAUAUUAUGUCUUCUUGUGAAGAUUGUUUGGGGGUUGAAACUCAGAUUAAAGAGAGGAUGGAUUGACAUAAAUGGAAGCCACUUUUGAGGUAAUAAAUAUAAAAGAAAACAUAUAAUCUGCCAAGUACAUCCAAAAAACCAUUUUGUGGUGUUCAUCGAUAUAAUGGGUGAAAACCCACAGGUUAGAAUGAAGAGUUGAGUUGAAGCAAUCCUUGAUGGCCCUAAUGCACUCAGCAGCAUCUGCAUAGAAUGAGAAAAGAAACAAUCCACAUUCUCUGAAUACUUCUGCUUCAGCAUUUGGCAAUGUUGUGAUAUUGUUUUUAUUAAGAGCUUCUCACUUGAAGUGCUUCUGUAUUCUGUAAUUAAGUUUUCAUGAAUUACUUGGUCAAUGAAAGCAAUAUUCGACACACCAUGUCUUUUAUUAAGACACAUAGUUCAUCUUUUGAAGGCCCAUGGAUCUCAUAUCACUUUCAUUGUCAUUGUCCUGAAGAAAGAGGCCCUAAUCACCCUUCUGCUUGGAUUUGCCCUUCAUUUUAGGGGGGUUUCUUCUUUAUCUUUUUUGCUGCUCUAUAUGCCCUUUCAAACAGUUUGGAAAUAAUUUUCAUUUUCCAACACCCACACCUCGUCAUGAGAUGAAUGAAGUAACACAGCUGGCUAUAAAAGAGAGACAGGGGGCCUGGUCAUUGGUUGCUAGGACUGGGUACAAAGUGAAUUACUUCACCGUAUCCUGAACUAUGACGAGUGGUGCUCUGUGGGCAUUGACAUACAACAACUAAGCUUCCUUCACUGGCAAUCUUAUCACCCUUCUUUCUGCAACCUCAAUGAGGAACAGUUUUAGGAUUGUUUUGUGAUCUUCUGGCUGACGAGGACUUGUAUAUCCACUAUGAUUUCACCUGGCCACAUUGCAUUUUUCAUGGCCCCAGAACAUUCUCAGGUCCGCACUAUGAUGGCAAUGAGUCCAAGAUCAACGCCAUUACAUACAUCCUUGACUCCAACUCUCGGGUUUUUUCUCAUUCCAAAUUGUACAGGCAGUUGUGUAUCACAUCUGCUCAUGCAGUUUGCUUACUUCGUCCUGACCCCAUGCUUAGAGACUCAUAUAAUUUACUCCGUCUCCAAAAAAAACCACUGGCUAUAGUGAAGGAAGUCACCUUGUGUCCGGUCCCAGCAUCCAUUGGCCAGGCACCCAAACUCCCAAUCAGAAAAAAAGCUUCCGUGUUCCUAACAAAACUGAUAUAGGUAAUUUAUUUUUCUUCGUUGCUCCUUAAUAAUAGGGUCAGGGAGAAUAGCAUGAUCCUUGGUUACACAGCUUUGCCAUACUGACCUCAUUUGUGUGAAAAUACUCAUGUUCAAUUUUUGAGUGUUACUAGUAAUGUUUAAAAACGAAGACAAACAAUAAAAAAUUCCUAACUUCACUUGUUGAAGCUUGUGUGUGUAUGUUACCAUUAUCGCUAAUAAAGUCAUUAUUUUUUUGAUUUCAUAA